CUGUUCAAUGAUACCAUACUACUUUAUUUUUAGUUAACUAAUAUUUAGAAUGACGCAGAAGCGGGAAACACAAGUAAAACAAAAAAUUAAUCAACGGUUAACUGAGACCGGCGAAAAAGAACGUCUACAAGACAUGUUACGAGCUCGUCUAAUUGAGAGUGGCUGGCGAGAAGAGUUAAAAGAAUAUGCUCGUCAAAUAGUGAAGGAAAAAGGAAUUGACAAUGUUACGGUUGACGAACUAGUAGCCGAGUUAACGCCAAGAGCAAGAGCCCGAGUUCCAGAUGAAGUGAAAAAAGAAUUGUUACAUAGCAUUAGAGAAUUUCUUGCAGACAAAUGAUUUCUUUAAA